AACGCUGCUGGAGCAAUAGAGAACGGAAUCUUCCUCUAUAUAUAGAGUACAGAACGCUUUACAGAACGCUGCUGGAGACAGCCUUAGCCAGGCAUCCAAACAAGCGUAGGGUGCAUUGCUGCAGCCUAGCUAGCCCUAAGCCGGGGAACCAAACAGCCUUAAAAAAAUAUGUUCCUUAGAUCUCCAACAUACUCAAUAACGAAUCAAAUAAUCCAUGCUCAAGGGCAAGCUCGGCCACAUCGCAGCUCCUAGUCAUCAAUACUGAAAAUAGUUGUUUUAUCAAAAAUAAUUCAGAAAAAUUAUUGGAGAUUAUAUGUUUAGGUUCCAAACAAUCUAUUACACAAUAUGAGAAAUUUUACGAUGCUUAGAGAUUUUAAGAGACAUUGAGGGGUCCAGAUCCAUUGGUUAAAAGGUAGGAAGAAUCUAUUACGAAAAACCUAAGACGUGGAUCAGAACCAAUUAUUUUAUAGGUCAGGAACUACCUGUGGAAAUAAGGCAAAGGGUAUUUUAGUAUUUUUAUUUAGUGUGUCCACUCAUACAUUUGAUCGGCCAAACCCAAUCCUUGCUUAGACUGCCUCCAACAAUGGGCAGGCAAAUUGGCUAUGCAUUUCAACGUUUAGUUGCCCCCCUGCAAUUUGCCUGGCCAGCUAAAACCUUCUGCACCCAACAAAGCAGCUAAAAUAGUUGUGGCCGUUGGCCCUAUUUAAUUUCGCGCCAAAGAAUGGACGCGUUUUGUUUUCCCGCUUCAACGUCAAAUUUUACCCCGCGCGAGGUACACAACGAUAGAACGUUUGGCUUCGUCCUCCUCCCCUGUUUUCUCGUCCAGGAUUGCCGUUGAGCCCGUGGAGCGAGACCCAUCCAAAUCUGGGACUGAUCGGUGGGCGCGUGAGGAUUUUGGCAGCGUCAGGUGGUGGAUUUGGUGAGUAAUCCCCCUUCUUCGUCUGAUGAGUCUGGUAGCUACGUGUGCCGUGUGGAUUAGGGCUGCAAAAUAAAAAACUGUUGCCGCAUGUGAGAGAGAACAGUAGGUCCUUUGAUAUCAUUAUCUUAAUACUAUGAUAGGCAACUUUAACUGCUUUUUUUUCCAUAUGCACAUGGAGAGCUCGAAUUUAGCAAGUGAAAAUGGCUGCUUAUUACACUCCUUCCGGUUUUAUUACACUCCUUUUUUGAAGUCUGUUUGUUUAAUCCCACCUAGACACUCUCAGUUCGUUUAAUACCAUUGCUCUCAGAUGUGUUUUGUUUGACAGUGAUUGCAAAUAUGUGAUAUGGGAAUUGGAAUAAACUACAUUUUAAUGUGUACUUUAGCUAGUAUCUUUAUUUCUGUUUGCAUGGUUAAACUGAAACAUUCCUCCUUGCUUUAACUGAACGCUUUGAACAUAGCCCCAAUUGCUUAUGAUUUCAGAAAAGCAUUUUUGUUAUCUGUGUACUAGAACUUUAUGUCUAAUCUAUAUUGUUCAGACUUGUCAAACAUGAUAGCUUGGUCCUGCCUAAAAGACUCACAUUUUAGGCGGAAUAAACGGAAGAAAGAUGAAGAAUGCAUGUUAACUUCAAUUAUAGCAGCUUUGGAACCUUCUAAACGUAGGAGGGGUGGUUUAGUUCCAGGACAUAAAUUUAAGCAUCGUGAUAGAGAAGUAGCUUUUGCGCAAAUUAUGAGGGAUUACUUUGUUGAUAAUCCUUUGUACAGCGAAGAGGACUUUCGGCGACGAUUUAGAAUGAAGAAGUCGCUAUUCCUUGACAUGGUCCACAAGAUUACCGAGAAGAAUUCUUAUUUUCGUCAACGUGAGAAUGCUUGUGGGCACAAGGGCUUCCAUCCCAUGCAUAAAUGUCUUGUGGCUAUGAGGAUGCUUGCAUAUGGCAGUCCAGCUGAUUCGUUUAAUGACACGUAUCGCAUGGCCGAGUCAACAGUUCUAGAGACCGUGAAGCAAUUUGCAAGAACCAUCAUUUCUGUUUAUGAGAGUGAAUUUUUGCAGCCACCGACAAAAACUGAGCUUGACACCAUUUUACAAGUCAAUGAGGCUAGAGGCUUUCCUGGGAUGAUCGGCAGCAUUGAUUGUAUGCAUUGGGAAUGGUCUAAUUGUCCGACUGCAUGGCAUGGUCAGUUCAAGGGACGCAAAGGCAAAACGACCAUAAUCUUGGAGGCCGUUGCUACGCAGGACCUACGCAUAUGGCAUGCAUUUUUUGGAUUGCCUGGCUCCCUUGACGACAUCAAUGUGCUCCAUAGGUCUCCGGUGUUUGAUGAUCUUGCUGCUGGAGAGAGACCAAAAACUGAAUUCCAUGUUAAUGGAACCAAGUAUGACAUGUGUUAUUAUCUUGCUGACGGAAUAUACCCUGAUUGGGCUACAUUGGUAAAAACAUAUAGCGAGCCGGUUAGUCAAAAGGAAAGAAUAUAUGCAGAGACACAGGAAUCAGCAAGGAAGGAUGUUGAACGCGCUUUUGGGGUGCUUCGGUCCAAAUUCAGGAUAAUUUAUAACCCUGCUAGGUUGUGGAGCCAAAGGGAUCUAAAUGACAUCAUGCAUGCAUGUGUUAUUCUACACAACAUGGUGAUCGAAGAUGAAAGAAAUUUGUAUAGUAAUCACCGAGAGUUUGAGAGGUCUUCAGACCCUCCAAUUUCUCAAAAUAGAGAUGUGCCAGAAAUUUCUGAAUUGAUUAAGUCAUAUUCCAGAAUUCGUGACAAGGUUGUGUCUAAUUGUUUGCAAAAAGACCUCAUGGAACAUAUUUGGCAGCUGUAUGGCAACGGUGCAGGACCUUUUUUAAAUAGACAAGGCUUCUGUUGGUACAUGGAAACACAGGUCCUGGAGAACAGCAGCAGUCUCUUUUGUUAGCGAACAGCAGCGGUCUCUUUUGUUAGCGAACAGCAACAGUCCCUUUUGUUAGCGAACAGCAGCAGUCUCUUUUGUUGGUAGUAUAAGUUAUAAAUAGUUAGUGAACAGCAGCAGUCUCUUUUGUUGCUAAAGCUGCUUUGAAUUAUAAUUGUACUGAUGGACACCCAAUG